AUGACGUCCGCAGAAUGGUUUCAGGCUGUUAGAGCCGGAAAUUUAGAGUAUGUGGCUACACAUAUAGAGAACUUGUCAUGCAGUAUUAACGAGUGUGGAGAGACAGCUUUAAUGUGUGCUGUGCGACAGAGGAACAUCGAGAUGGUAAAAAAUCUUAUGGAUCACGAGAGCAGAUGCGUAAACUCACGUGGUCAGAGUGCGCUUAUUAUAGCAAUCAUCGAGCACUUUCAAGAGGCAGUGGAGGCCCUUCUUCCCCAUGAAUAUGACAUGGGAGCUAUCCCCGGGCAUCUCAGUCCCCUUGACGCUGCAGUGGAUUGUGGAGACGAUGACAUGCUAGCAUUGGUUCUUAAACAUGGGAAGAAACCAGCUAAGGACGAUUGUUCUGCCAGUCACGCGGCCUCAGGUCAACAGAUAAAUGCAAUCCACAACAACGAAGACAGCGAGAGUAUCUCGUCGUGUUUGUCACCCGACUCAUUUAAGAUUGUCAAUGCCGGUACUAUUAAUACAUCCGCUUGCAGGGUACCAUCGGAUUCUACAGACCUGGACCUAUGCAAGGCUGCAAUCUGGAGAUUGGCCAAUAAGGCAAUAAAGUCUCACGAUGAAUUCGAAAGCCAAUUUAUGGCUGUUCAGAAACGAAUGGAGGACGUUAUAUUACGAUAUAAGCAGGAGGUGAGAACAAUGCGAAGAGUUUUGGAAUUGGUUGGGAUUGAUGGAAAAGACCUCGAAAACUACCUGCAGGAAGCAAGAAUGACAGUGGAUAGAUAUGAAAAAAUAUCAUCUCCGCAACCCAUCUCCAUUUGUGAGGCUAUACGCUUGGAUUCAGCGUUGACUCCUCCCAUACCUCCGUUCACCUCUGAAACACAAUGCUCGUUGAGAAAACAAGCAGUAACUGAACCAGAAUCUCUCCAUAGUCCAUGUAGUACCUCUCGAGAAGCAAGCCAUCUAACGGAUUAUGCUCAUUCAAUGGAUAUUAACCUUCCACCUCAACAUCCGCAGAUCCAGGGUUCCAAUCCAGCUACAGUAAUAAAAUCUACCGAACCAAAUCUCCCUCCUCAAGAACAUUUGCGGAUGAUGGAUAGUCACCAAGCAAAUAACAAUAAAUCAGAGAAAACGCGGAAUGACAAGGCUCAUACAGUGUCAGAGAGCACAAUAGAAAGCUUAUUAACAACAUAUACGUCACUUGACAAAAACCAUGUCCUUGGCGAGAAAGGUGGAUCUGAUGAUUUAGAAUCACAAAUUAAGCUACUCUCUGAAGAUAUCAAAAACCUGAGCUGUGCAAUGGAGCUGCUUGAAGAAUGCACGCCAGAGUAG